AUGGCACAAUUUAGAGCCAAGAAGCUAGAUUUAGGAUGCUUCAUCAACAUCAAAGUCAUCCGAGACCACACCAAGCGCAAGGUCUUCGAGCAGCAUGAGCCGGAAAGGCAAGCGCUUCGCUACAUCAUACGAAAUACCUCUCUACCGCAGCGAACACGAGCGCAGGCGCAGCUGCAAUUGACACAGAUGCAUUGCUAUACACGACCGACUCAAAUACGGAAUCGAUGCAUAAUGGGAGGGAGAGGAAGAGGUGUUUUGCGGGACUUUCGCAUGGCUCGAUUUCAAUUCCGAAUGAAUGCGCUCGCUGGCAAGCUUCCGGGUGUACAGAAGGCGAGCUGGUAA